AUGCCAUACACCGAAGAACAAAGGUUAAACUCGAUUCUACGAUUCACAGACAGUAAGCUGUCGAACUUUGCUGAUCAGCUUGCUGAUGACUUUGCGAGAUCUGGAGCUGUGCGACAACGCUUUUUUCCAGAUCAGUCGUCCCAGUCUUUGUAUCACGACUUACCUUUGCCAUCCAUGCCAGAAGGUGGCAGUCAGAUGAACAAUGAGAUGGUGUAUUCGCCAGGACCUCACGUAGGUCCAUUGCCUGCAGAGCAAAGUGCGCUGGAUUAUUUGAUGGAAGAGAAAGAAAACCUGGCGUAUCCCAUGCUCUCACAUCUUAAAAUGUCCAUUUCAAACUCCGAGCAGCCUGGCUCCAAUGAAUGGACGUCAAUUGAGAGAAACAAGAGCAGCAAGGUUUUCCCGACCAGUGACGAUUUGAAUCACGACCUAUCUGGGAAUCAUAAUCACUUUGCUACACCGAACACUCAAACGCACAAGAUGGGCUUGUCAAAGACUCUCAAUGGGAUCAACGACUGGGAAGUGCGGCCGUCGCCCAAGGAUCUAGGAGAUUUUCAGGAACUGUUGGACAUCAGCAAUGAGCGGCGGAGGGACGUUUCCUAUGGAGAAAGGUGGGAGGCAGACAACAAGAGCGACGCAGUCACACCUCAUGCACAUGACACUGCAACAAAGAACUUCAGGACGGCUGCUCCAGUCAUGCAUGACGAAGACUGGUAUGGAUUGAAUAGCCAGUUGCAAUCGCUCUCCACCAGAAAGCAGCAGGUCUCAAACGAUCUUUCACGUCAUCAUAUGAGUCAGGAGUGUGAUGUAAAUGAUUUGGAAACUCUAGAAUCCAAGUCAUUGAUGAAUGACAUCAACUGGAUUGAAAGGCACUUUGCUGCUGACCUCAGCACAGGAGAAUCGCCUGAAAGAGCUGCAGACAGAGCAAACGUGAGAAAUUCCACAAUUGAAAACAAGUUGCAGAAUAACUCAACAAGCAAGACGGCAUUGAGAUGGCAGAACUCAAUGAGCAUGUACGUCAAGCACCUUGGUGAUGACGAGAGCCAAGGAGAAUUUGGCAAGAGUCAGAGCGUCGCUGUCUUCCUGUCUUCGGACAUGCUCGUCGAUGGUACCAAGAAUGCCGACAACCUGGCAAACUCACAGCAGGAAUCUUGGACAAAUGCGCCCUUCGCAGCGGAUGUUAGUGUGCAAGGGAUGACGUCAUCUCAUGGCUGGAAAAGCAACUAUCAGGUAGAUACUUCACCCUUGACCAACGAUGAGUCAGCAGGGAGUACCUCCUCGCAAGUGAAAUUUCAGCUUGGCGAUGAGAAAAACUUGGUCAAGUCGAGCGGCGGUCUGGUCACCAACCAGUCAGGAUCAACGAGAGUUGUUCAGCCUUGGACUCCCAUCACUCCACUAAACUUCACACCCAGAAAAACGGAAUUGGAUGACUCCUCCCUCAAGUACUUGAUGGCAAAGUGGGCUGAGAAAGAACAAAAGAUUCAGCACGAUUCCUCUGGAUUUGAGAAGAGCUCUUUAAGACGCUUCGAGGAGGGCUACGUAAGCUCGACGUCUUCCGAAGGUGCGACCAAGUCGGGUGGAAUGAAGAGAGCAAGCGAGGCUGUUGAUGACAAGUGUUGUGCUGAUGGGAGCGGCUGCACAACGGUAAAGAUGCCACAGGUUCAAAACAAAUCUCCAGGUCAGUCAGUUGUUUCAUCGAGUGUACAGCAGAGAACGGUUGAAACCUCAGCAUUGAGCGCAGAGGGGAAGUCACAGUCGAUGGUCCAUUCAGAGAGUCGCGUGAGCGAGAGGGAGCCUGUGACGGAUCGUUCAGAACGCGACAUACUUACAAGCCAUGAGGAGCUUUACCUCACCGAGACAAGUAAAGUCCCACCGUCUCGAAUGAAAUCGUCGGUGAGUGGUCAAGGAGAAACUUUUCGAGAGGUCAACUCGCCCGGAUUUUCCUCCCGAGCGUCGAGGGACAGGAUGUCGAUGGAGGAGCAGGACGAGCAAAAUUCUGAAGGCACCCCAUCCAUCAUAGUGUCCAACUAUCAGCAGAAUGGCAGUGACUCAUCGAUCAUCCUGCCGGUUGAAGAAAGCUUCGACUCAAGCUCCUCGGACGCGCCUGAGGAAAACGACGAUGACUUGAAUCACAAGGUAGACGACGAUGAUAGGGACAGCCUUGCCGACAGUUUGGUUGAUUCCGACGGCGAGGCAGUUAAGGAUGAGAAGCAGGUGACAAGAAUCGUGGGAGCUGAGAGUGAAGGGAAGACGUCUUGUACGCACAUCGAGCCUCCGAUCGCACAGGUGGAAGUCAGUUCGACCUCCCUUUGCUUCAGCAGGCAGCACAAAGUCAAACCUCUCUCGUUCCGAAACGUCUGUGAAUAUCCCAUCCUGGUGAUCUUGAGAUUUUUGCAGGAAAGCGUCUCCAAAUUCUCACUGCCCCAGGAGUUUCUCAAAGAAACCACCUUACAGCCCGGCCAGUCGGUGGACAUGGCAGUGAAAUAUCACCCGGAUGGCAGCUUGCCCUCCAAGGAAGAAACACAUCUUGCCAUCCUGUCAAUCCCAUUCCACGCCUCCUCCUCCCAACCGAGUUGCUCGUGGGUCUCUAUUAAAGCGGAGGAGGAGGAGGAGGUCAACUCCGCGGACAAGUCGAGAGUGAAUGGAGGAGCGCAACGACGAGCGGAGGACCCUCAAGACUCGCACUGGUUCGUCGACGCCAUGUCGGUCGAUCUCGGCAUGGUCUACUGCCAGACUGCAGGAAUCUUCACACCUCCUGUACAUCAGGGCACGUCAGUGGUCAACUCGUCGGGCCAUGACGUGUCGUUCUUGGCCUGGUUGAAGGACAAGAGCUCCCCCGCCCGGUCCACCUUCGGCAUCUCUCUCGAGUCUUGCUCUAAAGCUCCCUUCCGUCCAGCUGGCUUCGUCCUCUUUACCGUCCCAGCUCGGCAGAGGAGGCCCUUGCGGAUCUCUGUCGACACCUCGACGUACAAGGGGCCGGGGCAGGAGACGUGCAAGGCAACACUGUACCUCAGGCAGGUCCAGACAGCCCAGCUGGAGGAAGUGGCCUCCUUGUUCUCCCAGUCCCAGAGGGCGUCCGACAUCCUCCGAGGGUUCGAGGAUCGAGCUCGUUGCAGCGACGUGACUACAGUGAAGCUGCGAUGUACCCUCGGGCAUUGCAGACUUCAGAUCCCCAAGUCGGUCAAGGAGGUUUACCUCGAGUGCGAGGACAACCAACGAGCUCGUCGCAGCUUCGCCCUGAGGAACUCCGGCUGCUUCCCUGCCUCCGUUCGGCUGUCCAUCUCACCAGAGUCAACGAGCUCCAUCGUCGUCGAGCCUCGGAAACUUCACAUCCCAGCAGGGGGCCAGGAGAAAGUCUCCGUCCUCUUCGAUCCAGAGGAGGCUAGUCAACUGAAGGCGAACUUACAGCUUAGGAUCGAGGAGGACGUUGGGGUCUACUUCAAUGUGCCAGUCAGGGCCCAUGCCCUCCCCGCCCGCCAGGAGAAGCCUUCCUCCACUCCUCCCAUGAGAGACCCUGCCAACGAGAGGAAAUCAGCAGCAGACUCUGCCCCUCCCUGCGGCCCCUCGUCGGCUCACAGGUUCUCUCUCCCUCGACAAACGUCCGAAGACUCCUCCUUGUUCCUUGCUAGCUCCUGCUGCGAGCGAGGAAGCUCGUCUUGCGACAAGGAGAGCGUCUCCGUCGGGAGACGCGAGCGCAACGGGGCCUCCCGCUCUCCCCUCAGCAUCGGCAAACUGUCAAAAGCAGAGACAGAGCUGAGCUCAAAUGUCACCAAGGUCAACCUCUCCAAGCUCAACGUCUCAGAGUCUCCUGCCUUGCCGGACGUCCAGUCUGCCAUCAAGGCUCUCAAGCAGUUUGCAUCUCAGAUGGAGCUCUACAGUAGCGGACAGAAGUCCCGACGACAGACGACGACCAGGACAAGCGCCCAGUCCUCUGAGAGGAGGAGAGAUCUAGAACAGGAGGUGGAGGUGGAGGUAGAGCAGGAGGACUCUUGCCGGGUGCUCCCCUACUCGACGGCAAGGGAAGAAGCCGCACUUCCUCAGCGCACGAGCACGAGGAGCGGAGGGCCGAUCAUCUCACUCAGUGAGCAUCCGGUCAAGGUCGGUGAGCCCGCCUCGGGUAAGAGAUACACGUGGCUGAACUUCCCCAACACACCAGUUGGGGAGGCGUCGGUGGUCAGACUGGCGCUCUGUAAUCGGUCGGGCAAGCCAGCGCACCUGGAGAUCAGCGGAGGAAGAGGAGGAAACUUCCUGAUCAAGAGUGUCAACGUGGACAUCAGGCCAGGUGCGGGGAAGGAGGCGAGAGUCGGGGAUGGUGAUGACGCUGACGAGCUGGUGGUGUCAGAGCAUUACCUCAUGCUGCCUGUCUACUUCACCCCCAAGGCUCCUGGCAAGGCGCGUGAGAAGCUUUACAUCGCAUGCCGUGACGUCGCGUUCCGGAGGAAGCUGGUGCUGGCUGGCGAAGGUUUCUAA